AUGAUAAUAUCAAUCUCCAUACAGGAGAUGGGGGUCCUAAAAGUCAACCUAAAGUUCUUCAACUUCUAUCCAAUCUAAUAAAUAAGUUGCAAAGUAGUCAUGUGUUCUACCUUCUCUGAAGCUAGAUUACAAGUGGCAAGAAGGAUAUUUAAAAUGCUGGACUCAGAAAAUAAUGGAUUCAUUACAGAAAAGCAUUUCAUUCUAUUGUUGAUGGAAACUUAUAACAAUAUGGGGAUGAAGAUUGAACCUACAAGGGAAAAUGUAGAGAUGUGGAUGGAAAUUGCUGAUUAAGAUAGAGAUGGAAAGGUCUACUUGAUUGAUUGUGAGGCUCUAGUUCUGAAAAGUCUUAGAUCUUAAGGUAUUGAAAUAGAUUGA